AUGGCCGCCCUCACUUGGACAAAGUUACGAAGUUUUCACAGAUAUUUUGGUCAUAGUACCUUACUUAAAGCUUGUUUUCAAUAUUCUCAAAAGCAUGAGCAUUUCUGUAUACUUAGUAAAUGUAACGAUGGCUUUAUUCAACCUGUCAAUGUAUUUUAUAAGAGGAGAAGUACUGUGAGAUAUGAUGGAUUUUCCUUAGAAUCGCGUAAUUAUACAUCAGCAUUAAGGAAACGUCAGCUGGUAUUGGGCAUUGAGACAAGCUGUGAUGAUACAGGUGCAUCUGUAGUUGAUGAUCAAGGAGCAGUGCUUGGUGAAGCAUUAAACACUCAGCAGAAAAUACAUUUAAUGCAUGGUGGAAUUAUUCCUCCAGUAGCCUGUCGUUUGCAUGCAGAGAACAUUGAAGAGGUUGUCGACACUUGCUUGAAGAGAUCAGGCAUCUCACUGGAGGAAAUAGAUGCAAUUGCUACUACAGUUAAACCAGGACUGCCACUUUCACUUGCUGUUGGUACCGAAUAUGGGAAACAGCUAGCAUUGAAUGCUAGAAAACCGUUUAUACCAAUUCACCACAUGGAAGCACAUGCCCUUACUGUCCGUAUGGUAGAACAGAUUGAAUUCCCAUUUCUGGUUUUGUUAGUGUCAGGAGGCCAUAGUUUGUUGGUGUUGGCUCAUAGUGUUGACAGGUGGUCAAUUAUUGGUCAAACUGUUGAUGAUGCACCUGGAGAAGCACUUGAUAAGGGUGCUCGUCGGCUGAAGUUGCGCAACAUUCCCGAGUGCUCAUCCAUGUCUGGUGGUCAAGCUAUUGAGCAUUUGGCUAAAGAAGGAAAUCCCAGAGCCUAUGAUUUUCCAACACCACACGUAUUGUCUGGCGGUGUGGCUUGCAAUAACUACAUUCGCAGUGCUCUCCAAAAGUUAUGCGAAGCUACAGGUUACCAGCUUUUAUGCCCUCCGCCCAGAUUAUGCACAGAUAAUGGAAUUAUGAUUGCAUGGAAUGGUAUGGAAAGGUGGAAGGCUCAGUCGGGGGUUAUCUAUGAUGAAGAAGCAAUAAAAAAUAUUAACAUCCAAGCAAAAUGUCCUAUUGGAGUGGAUUUGACAGAAGAUGUUCGUAGUCUGGGAAUCAAAAUUCAGAAAUGGGUCAAAUUUAGAUGAUACUAAUAGUAUAUUGUUAUUUGUUAUUCUUUUCGAUAGUGUGUUAAAAGAAAUAGAAGUUCAUUUCAAAGAUCGAUAUAAAAGGAAUAUUGAUACUAACUGUUUUGUAUUUUCUGAGAUAGAUAAUGAGAAUUAACUGUAAACUUCACAUGACUGAUUAAGUCAAACCAGAUUUUGUGGUGUUUUUGCUGUUUAUAAUGAAAAUUAAUUGUUUUGUUUUAUUUUUUUAAAUAUAUUUUCAUGUUAAUCCAGAAAACAAAUUUGAUAUUUGAAUAAAAUUACUGUUGUUAUUCUUUGAGAGGAAAUUGCAUUGACCAUAUUGCAGAACUGUCAAACAAAAUAAUAGCUUUGAAUAUCUUUGCUCUGUUCAUUAUUGGUGAAAUAAACAUAAUAAAACAUUAA